AUGAAAGUUGUCCACUUCCUCGUUGCCAUCUUGGCUUUGGCAUCCUCUGUUGCCUAUGCUUAUGACCCCAGCCCUCUCCAAGAUUUCUGUGUGGCAAUCAAUGACCCCAAUGAUGGUGUAUUUGUGAAUGGAAAGUUCUGCAAAGACCCAAAACUUGUCACGGCUGAAGAUUUCUUCAAGCAUGUUGAACCAGGGAAUACUAGAAACCCACUCGGCUCAAAAGUGACUCCAGUGAGUGUUACUGAACUAGUCGGACUAAACACACUUGGGAUAUCAUUGGCUCGCAUUGAUUUUGCACCCAAGGGUUUAAACCCUCCUCACACUCACCCACGUGGCUCAGAGAUCCUUAUAGUAGUUGAAGGCACUCUCCUUGUUGGAUUUGUGACAUCAAAUCAAGAUAACAAUCGUCUCUUUACCAAAGUGCUGAACAAGGGUGAUGUGUUUGUCUUCCCAAUUGGUCUCAUUCAUUUCCAACUUAAUGUGGGAAACGUUAAUGUUGUUGCCAUUGCUGCUCUCAGUAGUCAAAAUCCAGGAGUUAUCACAAUUGCAAAUGCUCUGUUUAAAUCAAAUCCACCUAUUUCUCCGUAUGUUCUUACCAAAGCUUUCCAAGUGGACAAGAGCGUAAUUGAUUAUCUUCAGAAGCAACCCUGGUACAACAACAACAACUAG